ACCACCUUGUGUCAAUAUCAAUUAUCAAAAUCAAACCAAACGUUUAUGUAUGAUAAAACAACAAGCACGUGGUUUAACAAUAAUCUAUAAUAAUAUUUAUUUAACACAAUAGACAAAGCAACAAUUAAUAAAUAAUGGCUCGCAGUAAAAAGGGAAGAUGUGUAAAAAAAAAUAAACAUCAAAAUCAUGAAGAAGAUGUUGGUUUAGUUAAAGCACCACAUUCAUUUGUAAUACAUCGUGGUACUGGUGAACAUAUUGUUGAAUUGACAAGAGAUUUUCGUCGUGUUAUGGAACCAUUUACAGCAUCAUCAUUAAGAGAAAGAAAACAUAAUACAAUAAAAGAUUUUGUAUCAGUUGCUGGUGUAUUACAUGUAACUCAUAUGUCAGUAUUUAGUAGAACAGAAAUGGGAAUGUAUUUAAAAUUAGCAAGAUUACCAAAAGGACCAACAUUAACAUUUAAAAUACAUAAUUUUUCAUUAACACGUGAUGUUAUAUCAAGUUUAAAAAAACAAAUGGUAUUUGAAGAAGCAUUUAAAAAUUCACCAUUAAUUGUAUUAAAUAAUUUUAGUGGUGAAGGUAUGCAAAUGAAAUUAAUGGCAUCAAUGUUUCAAAAUAUGUUUCCAACAAUUAAUUUAACAACUGUUAAUUUAAGUACAAUAAGACGUUGUGUUUGUCUUAAUUAUAAUACAACAACAAAACAUAUUGAUUUUCGUCAUUAUGCUAUUAAAGUUGUACCAGUUGGUUUAUCAAAAAGUGUUAAAAAAUUGGUACAAGCUAAAAUACCAAAUUUAUCAAAAUGUCAUGAUUAUUCGGAAUUUAUAACAAAAGCAAUGAUGUCAGAAAGUGAAGCUGAAGAUGAUGAUACAAGUCAUGUUACAUUAUCACAAAAAUUAUCAUCACGUGGUAAUCAUGAAAAAGGUACAAGUGCAAUUAGAUUACAUGAACUUGGACCAAGAAUGACAUUACAAUUAAUGAAAGUUGAAGAUGGUUUAUUUGAUGGUGAAGUUAUGUUCCAUGAAAUUGUACAUAAAACAGAAGAAGAAAUACAACGUAUUAAAAAAUCAAGAGAUGAUAAGAAAAAAUUAAAAGAAAAAAGAAAAAAAACACAAGAUGAUAAUAAAGAAAAGAAAGAAAGUAAGAAAAAUGAAAAUAAAGAAAAAUCGCUAAAAGGAAUGAAGAAAAAAGAAAAUGAUACAUUGAUGCAUAAAUAUGCCAAGGAGUCUAAUGAUGCAAAUGCAUUUGAAGAAGAUGAUGAUGCACAAUAUUACAGAGAAGAAGUUGGACAAGAACCAGACAAAGAUUUAUUCAAGGGUAAUUCAUCAAUGAAAAGAAAACAAUCUUAUGCUCCAAAAUAUAAACCUAAAUCGAAAAAAGUUAAAUUUUCUGAUGAUAAACAAAGAAAUAAGUAAAUUUUGUAUGAAAAAUUUUUAAUAAAUAAU